GGAGAGAACAAGAAAUGAUAAAAGAAGCAUUGACGUUGUUUAGAAGAUUCAAGAUAGAAAUACCCUCGUGGCUGGAAAAGUAUGGGCGAGAUCUUGAUGAUAAAGACAGCACAAGGAUUCUCAUAUCUAACUUUACUCCAGCAAUGAAGAAAUUUCAGGAACUGCCGUUUGUGUUUGAUUGUGUACCGAGAACAGACCACAUGAUUAUAAAUUUAAUUGAGACGGGAAGAGAAGAAGAAAAAGAACUUCAUGUGCGGAAAAUAAAGAACAUUUUGAAUGAUUGUAAGCUUUCUGAGAAACAAUAUCGGAUAGCAUUUGUAACAGUCACCAAAUACGCCGAUUACAAGUAUAAAAGUGGCGAUAAAGUUCAUGUUAAAGACAGAAUAGGUACACUUAGCGGAUUUGCAAAGAUGAGUGUUUCCAAUUCGAACGUACUUGUUGCAAUCCUUUCAAACCACGUAGCCGAGGAUCCUGACUCUAAAUCAAAAACAUUCUCAACAGCGUUAAAGAUGCAAAAUGAAACUGUUGGAGAUAUCUGUCCUAAGCCAAAGGGAGAUCUUAAGGCGGACGUUGCCAUUGCCAAAAUACAUCCAUGCAAAGAAUGUCAUUGUGAUAAGAAGUUCAGAGAUGAAAAAGAGAAACGACUUUACGCAGUCCCCUUGACAGAAACAGAGUUGGCUAACAGUUUGUACGAAAGAGUACACUUUUGGGGCGCCGAGUCUCAACCAGGCAUCGGGCAAAUUCAAGAACUCGGAUUGUUACAUGAAGGUGGAAGUAAUCACAUAUAUAUAAACGAUACUUCGGGGAAUUGGCAGCCAGGUAAUAGCGGUGCCAUGAUCCUCAAAGAGAAACAUAGAAGUGAAUCACCUCAAACUCUUCAAGCAGUCGGAACGUUUAUGGGAGAGACCUUUGAGAAAGCCGAAGGCCGGAAGUACAUUGCAACACCUCUACACCUUGGCUUUGCUGUUCUAUCUGAACAUCAUAAAGCAACAUUUUCUCUUUUUGGAGAAGAUUCGGAAGAUCGCGAAAACAAUCCAUGAAAUCUGGACGAGAGUUUGAAAUGUAACACAUGGUUUAAACAUUUGUUAAUUGAUGGUUGAUGCAAACUUAAUGAUGAAUGCUAACUUCCUCUUGCUGU